CUCUUAUGUCACAGAAACAAACAUUCCAUCUUGAUUCACCAGCCAGAAAAUUCUUUGCCUGUCAAUUACAGCACUGUUCAUUGAGCCAUAACAGAACUGAAGGACAAUGGUUGUACAAGAAUGGAAAUGUGAAAUUUUGUUUCGAUCAAGUUUGGGUGCAAGGUAUUGUUGUUCUGGUGGGAGCUGAUGGAAAUGACUUUUUACUGGAUGAUGGUACAGGUAUCAUUGAAGUCACAGGUGUUACCAAGCUUGUAAGAGAUUUUUCCCUUCAUAAAGGAAUGUAUGUGAUGAUUGCUGGAAGACUGCAAUCAGUAGGCAAUUUUGAUCAGAAACAAUACCCAACCAUCAAGGUGUUGAAAAUUGCCAACCUCAGCAGUAAUCCUCAUAGUGAGAUGUUAUGGAUGGUGGAGGUAAUAGAUGCCCAGUCUAAAUCUGGAACGAACAGAAAAUAGAAAUAUACCAUGUACGGGUAUUUUCAUUCUU